AUGGGUGAUUGGCCCAGGGAGACCGGCCUAUCCCACCAAGUGAUGCGCAAGCUCGGUCACGACAGAGAUACUUACUGUCCGUUUCAGCCGCGGAUAGAUAAUGCUGAUGCAUCACGACGUCACUUUGAGAUACUGAGGAAUAUCCCCAUCGCUACGGCAGAAGUGCUCAAUUUUCUAGAUCAGCAAAUCCGUAUUCUGAGACAAGACGAGAUGAGUGUCUCACAGAUACUCAAAGAAAAUCCAUCCAGCGUUUACGACAUAAAUUGUUUCGGUCAGAACUCCGUCCAUAUCGCGAUCGGUGUUGGAAACUUGAAGGUUCUCCAAAUGAUCUUACGGUAUGCAGAUGUCUUAUCUCUCAACACACAGGAUUACGCAAGGUUUCAAGGCCACUAUCCGAUUGAGUACGCUGUCAUGUCACAUCUGCAUAGUGGGUACCACGACACAGACGAUAUUGAAUGCAAUGGCUGCAAUAUUUUGGACGCAUUGCAGGACGAAGGAAUUCAAGACUGGGAUAGCGAAGAAGUAGAGGACGUUAUGGAAGAACAAAAAGAAGAAUUCGUUCGUCUUGAGGAGCUCCUUGAGGACCUCAGGCAAGAUUACAAGGGAGGUCCUGACUUAGAAACAUUCGUUGAUGGUUACCGGGGUCCAAAAGUGAGCGCGGUGAUGAAAGAGCUGAAUUCGAGGAAGCUGGACGAAGACGAUAUGAGAGCGGCCCAAGAACUUGCCUUUACAUGGCACUCAUUCGAGGAUGGGUUCGAAGAAAAGGAUUAUUCACGAUCUUCGAAUUUGGAUUAUUGGAUGGAGAAGCUGGAUGCUAUUGCUCCGGAGCCGGAUUCGGAUAUCCCACUGGCACCAGACCUCCCGGUACGCGAUGCAUAA